UGCCGCGAUCGCCGCGACGGCAGUCGACGCUCGGUGCUCUGCACGGAAAAAUUCGUGGUCGCAGGUCGCGGCUCGAUCGCGAGUGGGACACCGCGAGGGGGACACCGGCGAAGACGGGCGCGAAGGAGGCGGAAGAAAAAGAGCGGCGACGCGAGGGGCGGCGGAUUCCGUGCGGCGUCGUCGAUGACUCCCGGUUUUAAAUCGCUCGCCCAUCCCGGUGAGUAGGUAAAUGUCAACUGAAGAGCAAACACGAGGCAGAAUGCAAACUUCGCGGAUCCUAGGCGUGUGCCAUCGCCUGAUAGAACUAAUUGUGAGAGGAAUAUUGUUGUUAGUCGCCUUCGUCAGAGGCCCGGCGGAAUCUCAACCACCUAUCAAGGAUUUAACUCUCCUGUACAGCGCAACCACUUUAGCGUUAAAAAUUCGCAACAAGCAUUUAACUUCGGAAGAUGUGGUGUCUUCGUAUAUAGAAAGAAUCAAGGAGAUUCAACCGAUACUCAACUGCGUAGUCGCGGAACGCUUCGAGGAAGCUCUCAAAGAAGCGAGGAAAUGCGACGAACUGUUAAAAUCUCAGGACGCUCCGUCCGUGGAGUAUCUGGCCAAGGAGAAACCAUUGUUUGGCGUACCUUUUACCACCAAGGACUGCAUCGCGGUCAAAAACAUGCGGCACACGGCCGGUCUAGUUGUACGUAAGAACACUAUCGCUGAUAAAGAUGCAGAGGUGAUAAAAUUAAUGAGGUCAGCUGGAGCCAUACCUCUGGCGUUGACAAAUGUUUCAGAACUGGCAAUGUGGUGGGAAAGUAGCAAUUGUCUAUUCGGUAUCACCAAGAAUCCUUACAAUACAAGACAUAUUGUAGGCGGCUCUUCGGGCGGUGAAGGCUGUAUACAAGCGGCAGCUGGAUCACCGCUUGGAAUUGGCUCGGACAUUGGUGGCUCUAUUCGUAUGCCGGCAUUCUUCAAUGGGAUUUUUGGCCAUAAGCCAACUAAGGGACUUGUGUCGAACGAUGGCCAAUAUCCCAGUGCACACAGCUAUGAACAGGAUCAAUUACUUGCAAUUGGACCUAUGUGUAAACACGCGCAGGAUUUGUCGUUAAUUCUUAAAAUUAUUGCAAACAAAAAUGCCGACUUAUUAAAGUUAAAUCAGAAAGUUGACAUUUCGAAAAUCAAGCUCUAUUACAUGGAGGAUGACGGUGGUCAGCACUUGCUUUCGCCAGUGGAUCCAGAGAUAAAAGUUGCUAUGAAGAGAGUGGUGAAUUAUUUCGAGAAAGCGCACAAAAUUAAAGCCACAAAAUUAAACGUAAAGAAGUUCAAGAAGAGCAUGGCCCUCUGGUUGGCGAACAUGGCGUGCAAGGAUGAAAAGGACUUUUCAUACGAGCUAACUAAUAGAACUGGUCAACUUAAUAUCUGGUUGGAAUUCAUUAAGUGGAUGUUAUUUAUGAGCAAUCACACUUUGAUCGCUCUUCUCACUGCCAUGUUCGAGAAAUUUGGUGUGAAACAUGGGAGUGAGAUACAUGUACGACUUAUGCAACAGAGUAAAGACCUUAAUCAAGAAUUCAAGGAUAUUUUGGGAGAAGACGGUGUGUUUUUGUAUCCAACCCAUCCAACUGCAGCUCCAAUGCACCAUGAACCGUUGUGUAAACCAUUCAAUUUUUCUUACACUGCAAUCAUAAACGUGUUAGGCCUACCAACUACGGCUUGUCCAUUAGGUUUAAAUAAACAAGGACUUCCCAUUGGAAUACAAGUCGUAGCGGGACUUUAUCAAGAUCAUUUAACUUUCGCUGUUGCGGAAGAGUUGGAGCGAGGUUUCGGAGGAUGGGUACCACCGGCAAUAGUAGCUUGACGUCAAUACUGUCAUAGACAAUAAUUUUAUGAAUGAAUGACACACAUAUAGCCUCAUCUUACCAAACCCUGCCAUCUUUCUCUGGCAAAGUAUUAUAUUUAUAUUAAAGAUUUUCGUGUAAACACACUAUCGAGGUAAAGUACAAAUUAUAUAUGAGUAUAUAUACAUAUACAUAUAAAUACACAUAUACAUAACAUACAUAUAACAU